GGAUAAAGACCGACCGCGAUUAGAUCUCGCGUCUCAUGGAGGAGGCUCGUACGCAAGGAAUUUAUCAACGUAUAUCGUUGAGCGUGUGAUCACUAUCUCUGCAAUAUUAUAAAAGAGCAAUGUCUUAUUAGACUUAGUUGGCACUAAAAUCUCAGUCCACCAAGUUAGCCGUUACAAUUGAGAUCGUUAAGAAGAGGCUAGAAGAUGUUCGACCUAAAGAUCGGCUUCAUCGUAACAGUAGUGUUACUCGCCUGCAGUGCAGUGAGAUCCGAUGCGACCGACUUUGACGUAUUGACUCUGUCCCAGAGCUGGCCGCAGACCAGUUGCUGGGACUUGAAUGAACUAUGGACGGAAGCCGCAACGACAAAGUGCAGUUCUUGUCAAAUGCCCAAAGACAAGCAAAGUUGGACGAUACACGGACUGUGGCCUUCUAAGCUCCAAGGAAAACAUCCGGCAUUCUGCAGUACCAAGCCGAAAUUCAACGCCAAGCUUUUCAACGAUGAGUUGCGCGCGGAAUUAGAACAAAAAUGGCCAAGUUACAACUUGAAGAUGACCUACGAAGCUUUCUGGGGCUACGAAUGGAAGAAACACGGAACUUGCGCUCUGGAUGUUCUCAGCACCAGCACCAUACCCAAAUACUUCAACAAAAGUGUGCAAUUAUUAGACAGCUACAACGUAGGAAAGAUCCUGGCCAGUUCCGGAAUCGUUCCUGGUAAAAAGUACCAGUACAAGGAUGUUAUUAGCGUGCUUGAAAACACGUUGAAAGUUAACGUGUACGUCAAGUGCGCUGUGAAUUCGGUAUCGAAGGAACAGUAUCUAAACGAAAUUAGCAUGUGUUUCGAUAAAUCAUUCAAAUUGACUAACUGUAACAUCGGCGACAGCACAACCAACUGCAAGAGCAAAGAUGUCGAGUACCCAGCGAACUUGAACUCGUGUUGAGAUCUCGCAAUUGAAGUUUAAUCUAAAUGUGUAUCUUAUCGGAGCACAGUUUAUCUGUAAUAGAGCAUCUUUAUAGCGAGUACAUUGUAUUACUCUGUGCUUAAAACAUUUGUACAUAUUAUAUACAUUGAGUUAUUUUAUACAAAAUCAAUCUAAAAAAUAAUUCUCCUAAACAUUCUAAUGAUUAUUGAAUCAAUAUAACUCGAUUAAAUUAAUAGUAGUAGAUUCAUUAGAAUUAAAUAUUAUUAACAUACUUUUUACACUUUUAAAAAUCUAUUUUAGACUCAAAUCAAAUGCUUUUAAAUGUUCAAUUUUAUAUGACUUUACAAUGUGCAAUGAAAUUUUUCACGAGACACGAGGCAAAAUAUCUAAAUAAACGUGCAAGUUUAACUUCCGAAAAAACCUAUAUAAGAUUGAUUGUAAUUUUUAGUCUUAGUUUUUUUGUGCAACAGUAAUAGUCAGUAUUCCGAUAUCGAUCAUCAAUAACAUGUUUAAAUACGUACUUUUUUGCGUAAUUGCAUGUGCAUCACUUUCCUUUGCUGAUAACUACAAUCCAAGCUACGGCGAGAAGUUUGAUUAUUUUCUAUUGACGCUAUCGUGGCCUCAAACUACUUGUUGGGCUGUCAAUAAAAAUUGGCAAAAUACUACAUGUAAUCCGUGCAAGCGAUUGUCGGACAGUUGGACAUUACACGGACUAUGGCCAAAUAAUUACAAUGGAAAACAUCCGUUUAAUUGUGAUUUUCAAGAGGAGUUCAAUCCAAACUUAUUAAGUCAAGAUUUAAAAAAUCAGCUUAACGAUCAAUGGCCCACUUAUAAACUAAAUUUCUCGAAUAAAAAAUUUUGGAACUACGAAUGGCUAAAGCACGGAACCUGUGCGAGUAAGCUUAAAGCAACAAACACUCCGGAAAAAUAUUUUUCUAAAGCUUUAAAUUUGUUGGAUGAAAUCAAUAUGACAACGUUACUUGAGAAAGUAAAUAUUCAGCCAGGUAACCAAUACGACUACUACACUUUGGUUGAUGCUAUUAGUGAUGGUUUGGGCGUUAAGGCCCAAAUAGGAUGUCGUAAAAAUCCGGGUACGACCGACCAAUAUCUCUAUGAGGCCUACAUAUGUUUCGACAAAUCUUUCAAAUUGGUCGAUUGUCACAAUCUACAAUCCUGCAAACGAAAAGGAAAAAUAAUAUAUCCUAAAUCUUUAAAAUCUUGUCAGUAAUGCUUAAUUGAUAUUACUUAUAUCAAAUAAAGAUACAUAAUUAUUUGCAACCAUA